AGGGAGGAGGAGCACUCAAACUGCUGAAUCCCAUACAAGGAACACACGUCCACAGGGGACUUUACAGAGGUAUAUCAAUAUUCAUGCCCUCUUUGGGAAGGGAAACUGAGGCAAAAAGGUUAAGUGACUUUUCCAGAGUCACAGAGUACUCCAGAUCUGGAAUUAGAACUCAGUUGUUCCUGAAUUAGACAGACAAUAUUGUUCAAACAGUGCACCAGAUUUUGGAAACCAACUAUUUUCAACCGUUGUUUUGCUCGCACAUCUGCUCGGUACAAUCCUCAACUUGGCCUAAAAUCUCUCUGUUUCUGUCCCUGGUGAACGAGGCAGGACUGGAAUUCACUAUCCCUGCGUGUGAAGAUCUGCCUACUGUGCCAAGUGAAAUAUGGCUGCUGAGCCAAAAGAUGAAGCCCAAACUCCUGGACUGAAACUUCCCAAGCUUAGUGUUAAGCAUAUACCCAUCAGCGGGGACAGAAGAAGCCAGGAGAGUGCUAUGCUGCCAAGUCUUAGGAAGGAUGCUCAAUGGAAAGAAACAUUCUAUGAGAAGGUGCAGCAGAGAGCACUGAACCUGCAGAGAGAGAAAGUGGAAAAGAUUCAUGUGCGUAAGGCAGAGGAGGAAAAGGUACAAAAGAAAGAUCCUCUGGACUGGCUGUCUCAGGAAUGGCUCAGUGAAGAGCAGAUGACAAGGGAUACCCGCGCCUAUUUGCUCGACAAACUCUUACCCACAUUAGUCCCAGGAGUAGAAAAAUUGUUAAUGGAAGUGGAAAGAAAAAAGGUGCUUGACACAGACCGAGAUCCACCCAAGUUUGAUCCCAUUAAUUUCCUAGGAGAAUAUCUGAUGAGGCAUAACCCUCAGUUUGAAACUUCUGCAAAAUCAGGGCCCUACAAGAGAGGGAUGAAGGCUGUCAUGGAGGAGUUGAAAACUCAGGUGCCUGGUACGGCAUUCAACAGGCUAGCCAGGAUGAAGUCUGAGGUAAAGAAAAAUCGUGAGCAGCGAGAGCAGGUGGAGCAAAUCAAGGCUCAGGUGGCAGAGAUGCGAAAGGAGGCCCUGGCAGUGCAGUUCAAAGAAUGGACAUUGGAUGUCAGUGGAAGGCUACCGCUUGCACUGGUUCAGAGUGCCCUGCGGUCGUUUCUGGAUGUUUCUGCUCCUUUGGGAGCAGGGCCAGAGAUCUAUGGCAGGAAGCUGGAAACCCUCGAUACACUGGGAAAAAAAGUGAAUGAGGAAGAGUUUAGGGAGUAUGUCCAUUCUUACAUCAAAAACUUUACAAGUGAUAUGUUCCAGGAAUUCCUGAAGCACCUCUGGCAGUGUGCUGAUGAUGUCCGAGAUAUAAUAAGACAUGACAUGUGGCGGCAAAUGUUUGCUGACCUCUUCUUGCAUUGUGACCAUGGAAAGGCUGGCCUCUUGGACAGGCAGAGGACACUGGCUUUACUGGAAGACUUCUAUGACAGCAUCCCAAUGAUUGCUAGGAGGAGAUUCUGUAAUCCAAGACAAUGGCCAAUCAUUGAAUUGCAAGAGCUAGAGCUUACUGAGUUCUGGGGAGACUUUAAUGACGGACAGAUAGCUUCCAAGGAACCCAGUGAAGUAUUCGUAUUGUCUCAAACAGAAGUUUCUGAGGGAGGGACUCUGUCUUCUAAAAUGCGAACUGCUAAUAGUCCAGGUGCAUUUGAAACGUGUAUCUUGGAAGAUGGACCCAGAGAGCCAGAGGCAGAGCCAGACCAAGUGUUUGCUCUUGAACAGAUGAGUGACUCUGGGACCGAUGCGGUCAGUAAGGAGGAACCCAGUUUAACGUGCGAGCUUAGUGAGACUGUCCCAGCAAUUUCCCUCGGAGAAGAGCAGAUUGUCUCGCCCAUAGAACCUGGCUCUGAAGUUCAGGGGCCUCAAGAGGAAGAAGAUUUGAUGACUGAUUUGUAUGAGACUGUUUCAGCACCAACCCCUGGAGAAGAGAAUCCAACCUCAGAGGAGAAACCUGGUCUCUAUGUAACUACAGAGACUACAGAGAAGGAAGAAACUGACCCCUCGCCACACUUGGAGGAACCAAACACCUUCUUGGCAAUGGAAGCAAGUGAUGUUACAGUGAGCCAGGAGGUCUCCAAAUCUGACAGUAGAAAGGGAUCUACAAUCCUUAAUAAGGAAACCACUUCCAGAGAGGACAUAGACACAGAAAAACAGACUGAUACUGCAGAUCCAGGGAGCCAGAAUGAACAUGUUCGGGUAGCAGCUCCGGAGGAAGAGAAUGUAACCAUAGAUAAAGAAAAUGGUUCCGAAGAAGGGGUCAGCCAGGAGGAACACAAGGUGGCUACAGAGCCAGGUGAACCCAUUCUAGCCCCACACUGUGAAGAAGAGAAUCUAAUCUUGGAGAAGGAACUUGGUUCAGAAGCACAGGAUUGUCAGGGGAAACGGGAUGUGACUGCAGAGCCAAGUGAGGCAGUUUCAAUACCAAUGCCUGAGGCAGAAAGCACAGUCUCAGCAGAGGGAGCUGCUCUGAUUCCAGAGUAUAAAGAGGAAACUGCAGAGCUUGGGAAAGAACCCCCUGAGGGAAAAGAGAGUGGUUCUGAGGUACAUGGCAGUCAAUCAGGAUUACAAGCAAGCACAGAGACCAACAUGCAGGCUGAGGACUCCCCGCCAACCCUUUCCCGGGAGCAAACACUUUUGCAAGACCAGAGUACAGGUCUAUCUCAUCCACCAAGGGAAGCUUCCCAGGCACAAGCUAGAGAGGCAUUUGAAAAGGCAGCCCAGCUGAUAGAUGGGAUACCAUGGUCAGGUGACCUUAUGGCUUCUGACCUAAGUUUCAGAUAUAGAAGCUAUGGUGAGAAAAUUCAGGAGGACUGGAACGAUGAAAAUUCCAGAUUUGCCGACUUGCGCAUGAGCAUAGGAGCUAUUCAGACCCAGCGUGCCUCCGGUGCCAGGAGUGCCUUUGACAAGAGCUGCCUCACCCUGCCGCAGUUCGUACAGCUCAUGGAGACCUUUGCUGGCGAAGGCAGCUCUCUGCCAACCAUGAAGAAACUUGUUGCGUUUGUGAAAGAAGGUUACGUUCAGACUGAGGAGGAAAAAAUCAAACAGUUGGAAAAAGUUCAUAGUGAGGCUCUCUUGGCCCGAAGGAAAUUGCUCCUGGAGGCACUCUUUCAGAAGUGGGACAACGAGUGCUCCGGGUACCUUGACGUGAAAGAGGUGGAUGCUGUUCUUGACACAUUUAAGGAAGGAAUGGAAAAGGAGGCUCUGAAAAAGGCCAAGAAGCACCUUCGCUGCUCCCACCCACGCCCCGGUAGGGUGGUGAAGUUGUCUCCAAAGGAAUUCCAAACUUAUCUGGAACUGGUUGCUUCUGAGCUCACUGGGAAUGAAGAUGAAGUGCUUGAUAACUUGGUGGAGUUUCUGACCAUGAGUGUGGCACGAACCCACCUGGAACGCCUGCGAGGUUCUGCCAGGAGGAAAUGGCUGCACAACAUCCAGGAUGCAGCGGAGACCAGUGGGGCAAGCAUGGAGCCAGUGUACAAGGCCGUCUUUAAGGCGCUUUCCCAGGAUGCAGACGCCCAUGGGAAUAACAAGAAGAUCAGCGCGUAUAUUGCCCUUUUGGAACAGAACGAGCUUUCACCAGAGCGGGGAAAAGUGCUUCUGCGGUAUGUGGCUUGCACCUCAGAGGAUGCUCCAUACAUCCUAAAGCAGGCCCUUUACGGGGACAUGAAAGGAGUGAGUUUUGCAGCAGCAGAAGAGGGGAAGCCAGUCCAUGUGCCAAGAGUUCAGCUCCAUGGGAAUAUCCAUUUCUGGAACUAUGAUCGGCCAGAACGGGAGAGGAGAGGCUCAUUCCUGGUGCUGCCACUGCAGGAUUCCCGAUGGAGGAUCUUUGGGAUUUUAGGACUUGACACCCUACGGGACCGGUGUGAGCAAACCAUCUUCCUAACCCACGAGAUCAGGUUCUAUCAGGGGGUUUCCCAUGUAUUCAGCGACGCCUACCACCAUGUCCGCACACUGGAAAACAUAUUGCAGGUUGCAUUCACUGCUGUGGGCUGGCUGUUCACCAGGGCACCCACCAUCCGCAACAUCACUAUGUACCUGGUAGAGCCUGGCAAAGAUAAGGCAGGUGACUAUGUUUUGCGCAUGACAAUGACUACAGAUCACUCUGGGCCUGUGAAAAACCUCUCCCCUCCCACUGUGCUCCGCAGGAGAGAAAAUAUCUUCAGGUGGGCAGGUGACUAUGUUUUGCGCAUGACAAUGACUACAGAUCACUCUGGGCCUGUGAAAAACCUCUCCCCUCCCACUGUGCUCCGCAGGAGAGAAAAUAUCUUCAGAGAUUACCUCUUUAAGUGCACAGACAGCUCUGAGGUCAUUAGCAGCUUCGUCUCUGGAGAGCCUCACAUGGCAGUUCCACUCCGUGAGCCAACAGGACGGGCCCUCGGGGUGUUCGACCUCAGCCCUGCGCAUUACCAGGAGCUUCCACCUCAUGAGCACAGAGACCUGCGCAUAAUGCUGAAGAUGGCCCAAGCUGCCUGCUCUGAGAUACUGAAGGAGUCUUCAGGAGAAACAGACCCAAUCUAUGUCCUAGUUGCAGAACAUGCUGCGGAUCUGAGGCGUACAAAGAUUCUCUUCCAUCGGCUCAUGCUGCAGGACUUGCGUGAGUGUGUCCAGCAACUCGAUCCUGAGUCAUUUGCCGACAUAAAGAGCUACACAGAGCCUCCAGCCAUGGUGCAUAACAUAGUAAAGGCUGUGCUGCUUCUUUCCUACCCAGAGUACGUGGGUUCUGGGAAGAUUGAGAACUGGAGUCAUUGCGUACAGAAGCUUGAUGGUGAUUUGAUUCAGAAGAUUUGCUGCAUUGACCCAACUGCCACAUAUGUGCCAGUUCAGGAGAGACUGCUGGCUAAUUGUAUAAAAGAUAUACUGAGAGAAGAGGUGUGGAAGCAUAACUCAGUUCCAGUUGAAUACCUGUAUAACUGGGCACUUACCUGUCUAACGCUAAUAGAGCUCACAAAGGAACUACAGCACACGAACGAUUCACCUUUAACAUCUCUGACUCCAAGACCCAGCCUGAUUGCAAAUAAGUCAAGAGAAGUUUUACUGUCCUCUAAGCCCAGUGAAUCUGUUAUUUAAUGUUACUUUUAAAUGUUUGGCUUUAGGUUUGCUAUUCUUAAGCUGCUUAACAGCUAUAGAAAAGCAUUAGGAAUAUAUAAGUAAUUUCUUUAGAAACAUUAAAAGGAACCAUUUUGAUAGCAUUGGUGGGUCAGUCAAAACUCAGGGUACUUGACUGAAAAAAUACUCCCUGGUUUACAUUUAAUUCUGAAAAGAGAAGAGGAUUAAGCAAGAAGAAAAAUGGAACUUGUAUGUCUAGCACAUUACAUGAUUCAUAAAUGAUAACAGAAAAAAAUCCUCCUGAAUUGAACUGCAUAUUAAGAUUCAUUUUCCUGAAGUGACGUUUUCAAAGUCACUUUAAGCCUAGAAAGAAUUGUUGAAGAGCAUGCUUUCAGUUACUCCCAAUGGGCAGUAUGCUUGUUCUGGAAAAUCCUUCAAAUUUUAAGAUGAGAGAAGGAGUUUUCUUAUUGGGUUGAAGCUUGUUUACAGCAAACUUUACUGCUCUGUUGCAAGAUUCCAUCUUUGCAAUAAAGAAUCUUUUGGCAGAAUCAAUUUUUUAAUAAAAUGUUGGGAAAUUAAACUUAUUUUUCUUUAUUUAGUUGACAAAGUGUGAUGUCUACCAAAUACUUUCUAAUUUGAGAUUGCAGGUUGCUUUUAACCUCCUCAUAUAAGAUGACGGUGAUUAUCUGAUCCCUGCUUCGAACUGGCAAGUGGGUUUCAUAUUGUUGUUGGAGGAAAGGCUUUUCAGGUCACUUGCAGUGAUAUUUCUAGGAACAAUGUCCUUACAGAUAUUAUACUGAUAGCCACAAACACUUAUUCCUUUAGAAGAUUCUCACAAACAAGUCAUUGUGAAUACAAAUUACUUACUAAGCAUUAUGAAUGGAACAAAAAGGUAGGAUGCUUAAAUAUUACAGUUUGCAUGAAUGAGUCAUGUAACACACCAGGAUUUUGUCUAGUUCAGUAUCUUCACCUUUUCAGGCAACUGAACCAAGCUAAGAGCACAACUACACUUCCCUUUACUGCUAUCACCCACCUGAAUAUUGCACUGCAUUGGAGCCUGAUCACAAUAUGGAGGAGCCAGUGGUCAACUGCAGGUUAUAGUGCACACAGCUGAAUGUGAGGCAGGCAGCAGAGACGGGAACUUCAUUCAGGUAGAGAUCACACUAACAGAAGGUGGGAGUACCAGUAUUUGUAUGUAUCCGCUGUCUUAGAUUAAACAUCAAUUGGAGAAAGCCAGUUUCCCAUCCUCUCACACCAGGAACAUUUUCAAAUGAUCAGUUCUCUGAAAAGAAAACCCCCUUGCCAUCUGUCUGAAUGCAGAAACAUCUCACAGCAUUUUAUUGUACUGUUCAGACUGUUUCCUACAACAAACAAGGUGCCCGAUUUUAGGUUUCUGAUUCCAAGUCCUGAUUCUUCGCAGCUUGUGAAGACAUUUAUGCCUGUGGAGCAUGCCUGCAAAACACCACCAAAUGAGAGUUCGUCUUUUACAUGAAUGGCAGCCUUGGAUACCCAUUUUUCACUAGCAUAAGCAACUUCUCACCCUGUAAGGUAAUGGAGAAGAAAGUCCAAAAUGAGGGUAAAAUGUCCCAGCAAAACGUCAUUCACUGCCCCCCUAUGUUUCAUAUACUGCAAGGCCAGAAGAGAGCACAGUAAGCAUCUCGUCUGACCUCUGUACCCCCGAAG